UUUUAUUGGAUUUUUUCAAAUUCGAAACAGCUCUCUUUCGUUCAGACAAUUUCAGUCCGAUCGUUCAUCAAUUUGUAAGUAAAGGCUCUGUUCCAUUUUUUAAUUUUAGCUUUUACUCCAAUCUUUGAUCUGUAAAUUCGUGUAAGAAUAGUUUGAAUACUCUGUUUUUACGAUUUUUCAGAACAAACAGAGUUGUAUAUAACUACUCUAAACCCUAGUUUUCUCUCCAUUUUGAGCUGAUUAUUAUUAGCUGAAUCUAAGGAAGUUAGUUAUUUAUAAGGAUUUUAGAACUCUGAAGCAUGCAUACUUGUAGUUCUCUGGGAAUUUCUACCAUGAAACCUUGUAGGAUUCUUACUGGUUUCAAAUCCUCUUCGAUGUUUGGAACAAUCGCAUCGCCCAAGCCAAAGUAUAAGAGGAUCAGUAGAUUGUCGAAAUUAGAGCCGAAUGGAUGUAAAAUUAUAGGGUCUGUACAGGUUCUUGAUAAUUUGAAUAGGAGAUGUUUUAGUUUUUCUAAUGGUUAUCGGUUAUAUAAAGGUAGCAGUGGUAGAAAUAGGUGUUUGAUUGCAAAUGUAGCUUCGGAUUUUAGAAAUCAGUCGACAUCGGCAGAGCCUCAUGUCAAACAGAAGAACUUUGACACAAUCUAUAUUCAAGGAGGGUUUAAGGUUAAGCCAUUGUUGAUAGGGAGUAUUGAGACGGGUCAUGAUAUUGUUAAAGAAGAUGAGGGAUUGGGUAGUUUGAAGGGUUCUAAUUACUCUAGAGUUGAGAGAGAGGUGUCCAUGAUUGAAAAGGAGGCAUGGAGCUUGCUUCGAGACUCUGUUGUCUACUAUUGUGGACAUCCUGUUGGAACUGUUGCUGCUAAUGAUCCAGCUGAUACUCAGCCACUGAAUUACGACCAGGUCUUUGUUCGCGAUUUUGUACCUUCGGCCUUGGCCUUCUUGUUAAAUGGAGAAGAGGAGAUUGUCAAGAAUUUUCUCCUUCACACCUUGCAAUUACAGAGUUGGGAGAAAACUGUCGACUGUUAUAGCCCUGGGCAAGGAUUGAUGCCAGCAAGUUUCAAAGUUAGAAGCCAGCCUCUUGAUGGAAGCGAUGGAGCUUUCGAGGAAGUUCUUGAUCCUGAUUUUGGUGAAUCUGCCAUUGGUCGUGUUGCACCAGUUGAUUCUGGGUUGUGGUGGAUUAUUUUGUUAAGAGCUUAUGGAAAGAUCACGGGAGAUUACACAUUGCAGGAACGGGUCGAUGUACAGACAGGCAUAAGACUGAUCCUUAAUCUCUGCUUGACGAAUGGGUUUGACAUGUUUCCUACUCUGUUAGUCAGUGAUGGUUCCUGCAUGAUUGAUAGACGAAUGGGCAUCCAUGGACACCCUCUUGAAAUUCAAGCAUUGUUCUAUUCGGCCUUACGCUGCUCCAGAGAGAUGCUGAUUGUCAACGAAUCAACUAAGAAUUUGGUGGUUGCCCUCAACAAUAGACUCAGUGCACUCUCCUUCCAUAUUCGGGAAUAUUACUGGGUUGAUAAGAACAAAAUCAACGAAAUUUAUCGUUACAAAACAGAGGAAUAUUCUACUGAUGCUGUGAACAAGUUCAAUAUAUAUCCUGAACAAAUUCCUAGUUGGCUGGUGGACUGGAUUCCUGAGGAGGGUGGCUACCUUAUUGGCAAUCUACAGCCUGCUCACAUGGACUUUAGGUUUUUUACGCUCGGGAAUCUUUGGUCCGUUGUGUCGUCACUCGGGACUCCAAAACAGAACGAGGGCAUUCUGAACUUGAUUGAAGCCAAAUGGGAUGAUCUUGUGGCUAACAUGCCUCUCAAGAUAUGCUUCCCAGCUAUGGAGUAUGAGGAAUGGCGCAUAGUAACUGGCAGCGACCCUAAGAACACUCCUUGGUCAUAUCAUAAUGGAGGAUCUUGGCCAACACUCUUGUGGCAGUUUACACUAGCCUGCAUGAAGAUGGGGAGGCCAGAGCUAGCAAGGAAUGCCAUUGCAGUGGCUGAAAAGAAGCUUGCAGUCGAUCGUUGGCCCGAGUACUACGAUAUGCGCAGUGCAAGAUUAGUAGGGAAGCAAUCACGACUCUUCCAAACGUGGACGAUCGCUGGUUUCUUAACAUCGAAGUUGCUUUUGGAGAACCCAGAGAAGGCGUCUUUGUUGUUCUGGGAGGAGGAUUAUGAGAUUCUUCAGAACUGCGUUUGUGCACUCGGCAAAGCCAAUAGAAACAAGUGCUCUCGCCAUCGCCAUCGCCAGCAUCCGAAACCAAAUAAUCUCAACCAUUAACCUAACAAGUGUUUCUUGCUUCUAAAAGACGGAGGGGCUUUUUUUUUUUCCUCCUCUGAUUCUCUGUGUAUAGGAAAAUACAAUUUUGAGGCUCAAAGUUUUUGAAGAGUCUCUAGUAUUCAUUGGGAAUUAAAUGUAUAAUUCUUGAAUUGCUACUUCAUUCUUUGAACUUUUUGUUUAAUGCAUUUAUGUGUUUACACA